AUCAAGGAUUUGAGAUAUUCACGGGAAAGCAUUAAAAAAAGGAAGCAACCACUAAUUUCAAACCUUUUUUCCUUCUUCUUAUUCACAUCCCGUGCCGCGUUUCGCUAGAGCAACAACAAAUCGUUCGAAAUCGUGCCAUGUUUGUGCGCAAAGAUGAAAUUCUGCAAGACGUAUCAGGAAUUCAUGCGAGGUCAGGAGCAGAAGAAGCUCCCUGUCGUUGGAUUCAAGAAGCUCAAAAAGAUCAUGAAAACGUGUCGACGAUCUUCUCCGUACCAUAGAACCUGCCCUGAUCAAUGCACUGUGUGCGAUGGGACCUUUUUCCCUUCCCUUCUCAAUGAAAUGUCAGAAAUAGUGGGAUGCUUUAAUGAGCGUGCACAGAAAUUGCUGGAACUGCAUCUUGCUUCUGGAUUCAGAAAGUACAUCAUCUUAUUGAAAGGGAAAUCAAAAAGGAAUCAUUCUACUUUAGUUCAUGAAGGCAAAGAUCUAGUAGUAUAUGCACUUAUAAACGCUGUUGCAAUUCGCAAAAUACUAAAGAAAUAUGAUAAGAUUCAUUAUUCCAAACAAGGGCAAUUAUUCAAGUCACAAGCUCAGACUAUGCAUAAGGAAAUUCUUCAGAGUCCAUGGCUUAUUGAGCUUAUGGCAUUACAUAUCAAUUUAAGGGAAACUAAAUCCAAGUCGAGGAAGUCAUCUGCAUUAUUUGAUGAAUGUUAUCUCACAAUUAAGGAUGGAAAACCAUCACUUGCUUGUGAGCUCUUUGAUUCCAUCAAAGUUGAUAUUGACUUGACUUGCUCUAUAUGUUUGGACACAGUGUUUGAUCCAGUUUCUCUGUCCUGUGGCCACAUAUUCUGCUACAGUUGUGCUUGCUCGUCUGCAUCUGUUACUAUUGUUGAUGGACUAAAGGAAGCACAUUCUAAAGAGAAAUGUCCUCUAUGUCGAUCGGCAGGAGUUUACGAAGGUGCUGUUCACUUGGAGGAAUUAAACAUUCUAUUAGGCCGAAGCUGCACGGAGUACUGGGAGGAAAGACUUCAAAUGGAGAGGGUAGAAAGGGUGAAGCAAGCAAAGGAGCAUUGGGAAACACAGUGUAGAGCAUUCAUGGGGAUCUAAAUGGAGAAGUAGAUAAGCAACUCCUCUCGAAUUCAAUGGUGUAGUUAUAGGUUGAAACAUUGUUACUUGUUUUGUGAGAUAAACAUUAACAUUUUUAGUUAAAGGUAGAGUAUUCUCGCCUCUUGCCUGAUUCUGAUGAUUAGAGUAAAUAUUUCUAUUAUUGCCUGAUGAUCAGAGUAAAUAUUUCUAUUAUUGCAUAUGUAUCUACUAAAAGCCAUUUAUUUGCUUGUAUAUAAAUAAAAUUUUACCCUAUCUAAAGAGAA